AUGUCUGCACCUCAUCCCCAGAACAGCCACCCCCGCCGCCGUCCUUUUAAGGGCAACGUCUCUCCUCUUAGCACCCAUGGCAUGCAUCUUCGCAAGUCCGGUACCUUCUCGUCACCCAAGUCGUUGAGCAACGACAUCUGUGGCCUAGAGAACCAACCGUUCAUGCCCAGGAGAUCACCGACAAGCACUGAGAGUCUCGAAGCCCUCCUUCAAGACCAUCACCCUAGUGUCAGCCGUGUUGCCAACCUGCUCAAGGACUUUGACCAGAAGCUCGCAGGUCACAAGGCUGCAUCUGUAUCCGGUGCAAACAUCCUCAACGAUCCUGAGGUGCUUCCUGUACCCAGCUUCAUGCUUGACAGCACCACUCUGGAUGACAUGCCUAUGGACAUUGACUCUAAGCCCAUAGCAGUUGAGCAUAACCCCCACGAGCACGCUUCAGACAGUGGUCUGGGUUCCAGCGUCGGCUCCAAGUACAGUAAGGACUCAAUGCAACUACUCAUCUUGGACGCCCCACAAUCUAACAUACAUAAAGGCGACGCUCGCACCACCAGUGCCCGCGAAUCCAUCCACUCUUCCGUCACCACCCACUCUGCUGUCACUCGCUCGUUCUCGGCAUUGGGCGUAUCAGAAGAGAAGCACACUCUCGGCGAGUACGCUUGCAAACAAAUACACGACUCGAUCGUCAAACCCAUCCUCGCUGAGGAGUCGCUGAAGGACUUUCACUCUCUGAUCCAAGACGUACCUCGUCGCAUAGGUGAGAAGAGUAUUUGCAACCUCCGUGAUCUUGAAAAGACCCUGGUCUUCCUGGCUCCUGAGUUUUCGGCAACACCGGCAUCUUACCUUCGAUUCUGCGAACGAUCAAUUCAACUGCUUCACACAACUGUCGAGUACCUUUCGGAACGCGACCAGCGACUACCAACCGACCGCCCGUACACUAACAACUACUUUCUCGACUUGAUCGAACAGAUCCGAAGAUACGCUGCAAUCAUGGCUGCCACCAGACAAAAAGAAGCCCAAGGAGAGCACCUGGACGAUAUGGACUACUCCCGUGAUGAGAAGAUCACCCUUCGUGGUGGCCUCAGCCACAACGGCCGCCCAGUCGAGCUCGUUCGUGAGAAAGAUGGCAAGGUCAUCUCCCUUGCGAACGGCCCGGAACACGUUUACAAGAAGCGUGCUCUUUCAGAAGAAGAUAUCGACGACGAUGACGCCAUGCGCUCUAUGGCUCGUCGUAGGAAGUCUGACAAGCCCGGCGAUGUCCUGCACAUGUGCCGUGACUGCAAGAAAGAGUUCAAGCGCCCUUGUGACCUGACCAAGCAUGAGAAGACUCACUCUCGCCCAUGGAAGUGCUCCGAAGAGAAGUGCAAGUAUUUUGAUCUUGGAUGGCCUACUGAGAAGGAGCGCGACAGGCACGUCAACGACAAGCACUCUGCUGCGCCGGCGCAGUACAAGUGUCUCUACCCUCCGUGCACAUACGCCUCCAAGCGUGAGUCGAAUUGCAAGCAGCACAUGGAGAAAGCUCACGGUUGGGAAUACGUUCGAUCCAAGAGUAACGGCCGUAAGAAGAGCCACGCGGUCAGCAACAGCCCCGCCACUCCCCUCACACCGUUCCUCGGUACACCACAAUCUGCUGCUCUCACCACACCCAUCACACCUUUCAUGGCUUCUCCCUCGGUGCCACUGAUGAAUGACUUUGAUCCAUACGGCUUCAACACUCCAGCGAUGAGCCUCCACAACUUCCAAGAUGAUUUCCGCCGAGACUCAAUUGCUACUGACGGCACGCAUCUUACCUUCUCUUCCGGCAACUCGCCGGUCGAACCAAACUCUUUUAUGGAAGCUGCCGUGACUCCAGCUGAUGUUACCAUCGACCACACUGCUUCUUUAUUCCCAGAGUGCUCGAACUUCAACAUGGGCUUCCAGCAGCACACACCUGCUCUCAGCACAGACUUCAAUUUCAGUGAACCCAUGUUCACAAUGGCUUCCAACCAGACGCUGGGUCUUCCUCAGUUGUCACCCAUGGCACGGCCCGAUCUCACUCUCUUCUCUCCUCAGAUGCAGAUGGAUGAGGGCUUUGGAGACGCCAUGGACACUAUGGACAUGCAGGCCUUCAGUCGCCCUACGGAGGACUUCACUCUGUUCGAUUCUGCGCCAGCCAGCAACUUGUUAAUGAGCAACACUGCCAACUUCUUCCCCGACUUCAACCAGCUUGGGGGUCAGUUUGACAGCGGAGCUCAGCCUUACAACAACACCUUCUACAACUCCACUACCUUGGACACUACAUUGGAUGAGAUGCUUGGUCUCAGCUCGAGCAACCAGCAGUAG